CUUAGUCUGCCCUCUUUUUUUUCCAGAUGAUUGAGUGGUCUUUCUCUUUUAGACUUGCUUCUCUCUCCUCCCUUUCUUUCAGCUCACCUCAGUGUUUGCUGGGGAUUAGCCAGUCUAGCUGACACAGAUAGGCAUGAGACGGGGCUCUCUGAUGUAAGUAUGAGAGGCUGCUGUACUGUUUGUGCAAGAAAAAAGGGCUAUUGUGAGUAUCUGCAAGCGGGUUUAAGGGUGUUUGAUUGCAAGAUGGUGACCAAAGCCGAAAGACAAUGAGAAUUAUUUCGUCUGUUGGCCAAGGGCCUUGUCUGUAUGUGAGGGCAUUCAAAAAGACUUGAUUCGUCAUCAUCCAGAGGAGAGACACAAACAGCCUUCAAAACAACUGAGGUUGGUUGUUAACAAUACACGUGGCUAGUCGCAAGGGACUUGGAAAAUAGUCCUGGUAAUCAGACUUGCUGAAAAUAGGAGUUUGGAAUAAGAAGCAAUGGAACUUGGCCUCUGCAAAUGCCCUGGACGUUUGUGUGUGUAUGCGUGUGUGCUUGGAUAUAGGGCUAGAGAGGCUGAGGAAGGCUCAGAAUGCGCUUGUCCCAGUUGGGGGUGCCAGUCUACUCGGGGCCCUGCUUCCUCACUGGGAUUUUGUAUUGCUUUGGUAAUCUGAAUGACCUGUGUUGCUGUGGAGUUGGUCUGUGCACUUCCAAGGGGGAGUGUCUGCUCUGUAGGCUGUGAGGGACAGUGGUACCACCUUGUCACAGACCCCACACCGCUUCUGAUCGCCUGCAUGGUAGUAGGGUUGCACAGGGGAUGGACUUUUUAUCCUUGUUCUGCAGCCAAGCACAAGCUGUUUUUCCACCUGAGCUUGUUAACUUGGGAAUCGGAGCCAGGUCCUGCAGUGCUUCUAUCAAUAAAACCCAGCGCAGUCUUGCUCCAUUCGCACCAAGUUUUCCUCCCCAUACUCCUCUUCCCCUGAUGGGCGCCACAUCCCAGAGUUCCAGAGGUCCACCAGUGCCGCCGACACCGACACCCUAACAGCCACCAUCGCCAUGGAGAUGAAACAGUCGAUGAUGAGCACAGAAAACGAGGGAGAAAAGGACAAACCUGAGGGAUCGCAGGAGAACGGACUACUUAUGGGAGACAAUGCCGCGGAGAAAGGUCAGAAGGUCAACUCCGGUCCCGGGCAGGGCUCCAAUGGGUACCCAAGCACCUCGCCUCAGAGCCCGAGGGAGGGGGUCACGGGCGAGGGGAGCUGGGGAAGCGGCCCAGGGCCUCUCAGAACCCUGGUGGUCCAGCAGACCAGUCUGGACCCGCCCCGCGAGACGUGGAACAAGAAGAUGGAUUUUCUGCUGUCCGUGAUUGGAUAUGCCGUGGACCUGGGCAACGUCUGGCGUUUUCCAUACAUCUGUUACCAGAAUGGAGGAGGUGCGUUCCUCCUGCCCUACCUGCUGAUGGCGGUGUUCGGGGGCGUGCCGCUCUUCUACAUGGAGCUGGCGCUGGGACAGUUCCACCGCAGCGGCUGCAUCUCCAUCUGGAGGCACGUAUGCCCCAUCUUCAAGGGCAUAGGCUAUGCCAUCUGCAUCAUUGCCUUGUACAUUGCCUUUUACUACAACACCAUCAUGGCUUGGGCUCUGUACUACCUCCUGUCCUCCUUCCGCUCCACCCUGCCGUGGACCAGCUGCACCAACAGCUGGAACACCGUCAACUGCACCCAGUACCUGUCCACCGACAUGAACGUGUCCUGGACCAACGCCUCCAUCUCUCCUGCCGAGGAGUUCUAUACGAGGCAUGUUCUGCAGGUGCACCGUUCUCCGGGUCUGCAUGAUUUGGGUUCGGUGAAUUGGCAGCUGGCCCUAUGCCUGCUCUUCAUCUUCACCAUCGUCUACUUCAGCAUCUGGAAGGGCGUCAAGACCUCAGGCAAGGUUGUGUGGGUGACGGCGACCUUCCCGUACCUGGUUCUGCUCAUCCUGCUGGUUAGAGGAGCCACUCUCCCUGGUGCGUGGAGGGGUGUCGUCUUCUACCUGAAGCCUAACUGGGAGAAGCUUCUCACCACCACGGUAUGGAUAGACGCAGCUGCGCAAAUCUUCUUCUCUUUGGGCCCAGGGUUUGGUGUGCUUUUGGCCUUUGCCAGCUACAACCCAUUUCACAACAACUGUUACAAAGAUGCUCUGGUGACGAGCUCAGUGAACUGUCUGACGAGCUUCCUCUCAGGCUUUGUGAUCUUCACCGUUCUCGGCUACAUGGCUGAGAUGCGCAAACAGGGCGUGGAAACUGUUGCUAAGGACGCAGGCCCGAGUCUUUUGUUCAUCAUAUAUGCCGAGGCCAUUGCGAAUAUGCCGGCUGCCACUUUCUUCGCAAUUAUCUUCUUCCUCAUGAUCAUCAUGCUAGGCUUGGACAGCACGUUUGCUGGCCUGGAAGGGGUGAUUACUGCCAUGCUGGAUGAGUUCCCUCACCUCCUGGUCAAGAGGAGAGAGUGGUUUGUUCUGGGCCUUGUGUGUGUUUGCUACCUGGGAGCAAUCUCCACACUAACCUAUGGAGGGGCAUUCGUGGUGAAGCUGUUUGAGGAGUAUGCAACUGGCCCGGCCGUCAUAACUGUGGUCUUCCUGGAGGUCAUUGCUGUUUCUUGGUUUUAUGGGACAUCGCGUUUUUGCAGUGACGUGCAGCUGAUGCUGGGCUUUGCCCCAGGCUGGUUUUGGAGAGUGUGCUGGGCGGUCAUCUGUCCCUGCUUCUUGCUGUUCAUCAUCGGUAGUUUUUUAGUCUUCCCUCCUGAUGUGAAGUUGUUCCACUAUAACUACCCCUUCUGGACCACUGUUCUUGGCUACUGCAUUGGCGUCUCCUCAUUCAUCUGUGUGCCCGCAUACAUGGUUUACCUCCUGCUUACCACCAAAGGGACCUUCAAGCAGAGGCUCCUGAAGAGCAUCACACCGGAGGUCAGAGAAGUGGACGGCGGCCCUCACAGAGACAUCAUCAUCACCAACGCCGUGUGAAUGGGACCACGCUGCCCCCUGCUGGACAUGUAGCACAACUGCGGGGAAUGGGGUGUUCCUUCCUGUCUGCACCCUCUGCCCUAACCCUAUUUACCAGACCCCACUCACCUCUGCUGGGGCAGGGAGGACCUCUCUGCACUCCACCAUGGGAGGCUGGGGGUUUUUGGGGGCCAUACCCUGCAGCAACCCAUUGCACCCUCUUCUUGUGACCAUUUGCUAACCCUGUUGCGUAGACUCACGUGACUUACUUCACCUCAUAGCCGUGUAAUGUGAGAAAAUAUGACAACUGACGUAGCACAAUACAUUUACAUAUCUGCACAUCUCCAGUCUUAAUAUGAGUGGCACAUUUUCUAAACUUAGUCUUAACUGAUUUCACCUCGGUUUCAGGUGAAAUUUCUUUGGGUGAAGUUUCUUUCGUUGAUCCACCAGUAGUGUAUCAUGUUCAUUACAUUUGUCAUUCAGCCUUUAUUGUCUUACAAAGAAGCAACUUCUAAUCGUUUAUCCAUCGCAAGGUAAAAAAAAUCAGGUAACUUUUACUUUUCUAUAUGAAGCCAAAUAUUAGGAUAUUUUGUUGAUAUAAAUACAGGUAUAUCCAAAUGUUACUUCAAUGAGGAUGAGUUUGCUGUUGAUGAGGGACGUAUGGGAUAGAGCUAGUUCUGUAAGGGUUUAAGAUUGUGUUUGGGACACUUCUUUCCUGGCUAGGAUGUCAGGAGAACAGCAAAGAGCUUCUCAGGCAAGAGUUUUAGACUGAGCAGUAGUAGGUGUGAUUGUGUGUGUAUGCAGGCAUGUAUCAUUAUUAAACCUACUUUAUGAGAGCAUCAAUAUGCUGAGUCACCCCAGUGCAGUCUGAUGGUGAUCAUGGUGGUCAUCUAGCAUGAAAGCAUUAUAGUGUAUCUAUAGAAGGUGUGUAUUUAUUUCAAGAGCUGAUAUUUUGAGUUGCAUAAAUAGUUGAUAUAUUACAUGUAAUGCUGAUAAUUAUGACUCUCUUUCAUAUUCGUUUCUAUAAGAUUAUUUGGUUGCCAUCCAUGCAUUCCUAACAUCUGGUGGACCCUGAAAAUGCUAUCAGUACAACUGUCAGUACAACACUUCAACAUUGAGGCCUCAGUGGCUUCUGAUUUAUCACUACCUUUUUUUACUUUUCACCUUAAAAAAAAGUGUGUCUUGUGUUUGAUUGGAAAGUAGUAUGUAAAGGAAUGUACAAUUGUAGUUUGCAGAAAUGUGUGUAAUCAAAACUGUCAAGCCGUUUCCACUCUUACUGAGUGCUGAUAUUUCACAGAGAGGGCGAAGAGGUGUGUUAGCCUCUCUCUAAGAGUGUGUGUGUAUGUGUGUGUGAGUGUGUGUGAGUGUGAGUGUCGGCGUCAGCGUGACUGUGUGUGUGUUCAUCUGUGUGUGUAUUUGAGAGAGAGUGGGAGCAAGGACGAGAAUGAGAAUCCUUAGACUGUUAACCUUUCUGGUGUGUGUCGUGGGCAGGUAGGGAGAACUCCAGAGCCACGGCGUGUUUAGUCAGUGUGUGCAUGCUCGCUGAUGUAGUAAUACUGUGCUUCUCUUUCGUGCCUUGACAUUGUGACACUCUCCUGUCUCGUCCAGCGGGAUUCACUGUUACUGCAGUAAAGUCAAUCCUUCUCUUGUACCUCUGGAAACCUGUUGUUGGUCGAUGUCCGUAAGAUUGUAUUGGAAUAAAAAGUUAUAGAAUAAAGCUAUAUAUCAAAUAAAAGAGGAAUAUAAAUAUA